AAAAAUAAAAUGGCCCAAGCCCAAAUUUAACCUAGCUAUCAUCUCACUCUCUCAUUCUCACAAAAUAGAAAGUCACGUAACACUAACAGCCGCUGCCGCUUACAAUUCCAGACGGUCAUGCUCACGAUGAAGACGAAGGAAGAAUCACGCACAUCUGAAGCCGCUCACGAUUCCGACGAAUCUCUCUUAUCUUCCAGGACUUAGUUUGAAUAUGGAUUUCUUAGCUCCAAUUGAUGAGAGUGAUGAUGUGGAUUUGGACCUAACAGUUGAACAAGAUUGUGAGUCGGUGGAACCUAAUAGUAAUGUGUUAGUGGGACCUAGUAAAACGAAGAACACUAAGGGAAGGCCAAAAUCUCAGGUAUGGAAGUUUUUUACUAUGAUAGAGGGGUUGGAUAAUGAGGGAAGGCAAAGAGCAAAAUGCAAUGCUUGUGGUACAUCAUAUGCCCGUGGAGGAAAACAAUAUGGGACAACUUCUCUAAAACGUCAUCUUGAAGUUUGUAAGAAAGUUAAUUUUGGAGAUGUUGGUCAGAUUAUGUUAGACAUGCAAGGAAAGCUAAAAUCAUUAAAGAUUGAUAAUUUGGUCUCUCGUGAAAUGUGUGCUCGGCUAAUUAUCAAGCGGGACCUUCCUUUUAAAUUUGCUGAGUUUGAAGAGCUUACAGCUUGGCUUCAGUACUUAAAUCCUGAUUACAUUCCUAUCACUAGAAAUACCGCCAAGGCUGACGUUGUGAGAAUAUACAAAAGGGAAAAAGAAAAGAUUAAGAUACAAAUGGCCCACACUCCUUGUAGGAUUUCUUUAACUUCUGAUUUAUGGACAUCAAUUAAUACCGAGGGCUAUAUUACUUUAACUGCUCUUUAUGUUGAUACAAAUUGGAAGUUAAAUAGUAAAAUCCUCAACUUUUGUCACAUGCCUCCUCCUCACACAGGUUUUGAGUUGUGUAAAAGAAUAUCUGAGUUUUUGAAUGAUUGGGGAAUAGAGAAAAAGGUUUUUACCAUUACUUUGGAUAAUGCUUCUGCAAAUGAUGUGAUGCAGCAAACUUUGAAGAGUCAGCUAGCCUUACAAAAUUGGUUGUUAUGUAAAGGGGAGUUUUUUCAUGUUCGUUGUUCUGCAUAUAUCUUAAAUCUAAUUGUGCAAGAGGGUCUUAAAGUAGCUUAUGGUGCUUUGCAAAAGAUUAGGGAAAGCAUUAAACAAGUGAAGGGUUCAGAGAGUAGGAUGGUAAAAUUUAAGCAAUGCGUUGAUAUGGUUGGUAACAUUGAUGUAUCAAGUGGGUUGGUUACAGAUGUGCCUACAAGAUGGAAUUCAACAUAUUUGAUGCUUAAAAGUGCUCUGAAAUAUCAACGUGCAUUUGAAAACCUUCAUUGUUAUGAUGCAAAUUAUACAACUAAUCCUUCAAAGGAAGAGUGGGUGAGACUUGAAAAAAUGAGUAGGUUCUUGUUGCCAUUUUAUGAAAUUACCACUUUGAUGUCCGGAACAAGCUAUCCCACUUCAAAUUUGUACUUCUUGCAAAUUUGGAAAAUUCAACAUGUAGAUGUUGUUGAUUGGCUGUAAUUUUUGGUAAAACUAGUUGCGGUUCUAUCUUGUCAAAACUGGUGUCAUGACAUGCAUUCUGCUGUUGUGAAGACUUUUCUGAUGCAGGCCUUUACCUGAUGUCAAGGCCGAUGUCAUGACAUUCGCAGCUGUUCGUUCUUUUCUAUUACUAUUUAUGGUUAUGUGAUCUGAUAAGAUCCUAUGCGCUUUAUUUGGUAAUGAUGGAUUCUGAUCUGUUUCAAGGACGUCUUGGAUGAUUAUUAUUAUUAGUUCCUUGAUUUAUGGAGAUUAGUUUUAUUAGGGUUAAAACUAUUUUGUGGAUCCAAGGCCCAGCUGCUGUAUUGUAUGAAGGCUAUUUAUUUCACGCAGGUGCUGCUGUUGAUGUUAGGGUUUUUGUUUGAGAAACUUUUAGAGUUCUUUGUUUUUAAGUCUUUCGUUGUAGCUUCCUUGUAAGCCAAACAAUCAUCAUGAUGAUUGUCUUGGUCUAGGCGUUUUGUUUUGAGUUGUAAGAAGUAUCAAAGCUUUUAAGCAAGAGUACUAUUGUACUUGAUCAAAGCUUUUAAGCAAGAUCAAGUUAUGUCCUUGAAGAGUGUCUUCUUUUGUUAUUCGUUGGUUAGUUUUCAUCACUGCUGUGAUUGAGGGGGAGUGAGUAGGAUCUCUGGUCUAAGUUGUUUAGAUUGAAGUUGCAUUGGGUAGAUAUUAAGUGAAAGGCGUAAUCUUGAUUUGUAUUACCUUUAAUUGAUAUUACUUAUAGUGGACUUCCUCCCUGGCUUGGUAGCCCCCAGAUGUAGGUGUGUUUGCACCGAACUGGGUUAAAAACUUUCCUGUGUAGUUUUUCUGUUUACUCUUUGUUCUUUUGUUUAAAAACGUUCAGAUAGUAAUGUCGUGACAUCCUGUUAGACAUCACGUGUCUGAGUCCAGAAUUUCAAUUGGCAUCAGAGCAGGCACCCUGCCUGUUUUUACUGGGUGAGAUCUAGGGACAGUAUUUUCUGGUACUAUGGACAAAGAAGGUGGUGGAUUUGUGAUUAGACCACCCAUUCUGGAUGGUUCUAAUUAUGAUUAUUGGAAACCUCGCAUGGUGGCUUUUCUGAAAUCCGUGGAUAGUAAAGCAUGGAGAGCUGUGAACAAAGGAUGGGAACAUCCUGUUAUUACUGAUAAAGAUGGCAAGAAAACUCUUAAACCAGAGGAAGAAUGGGACAAAGAUGAAGAGGCAUUGGCGCUUGGCAACUCUAAAGCCUUAAAUGCUUUAUUCAAUGGAAUUGACAGGAAUAUUUUCAGACUGGUGCACCAGUGUGAACUAGCCAAAGAUGUCUGGGAUACCCUCAAGACUACUCAUGAGGGCACCUCCAAAGUGAAGAUGUCAAGACUUCAACUGCUAACUACAAAGUUUGAAAAUCUAAGGAUGAGGGAUGAUGAAAGUAUUAAGGAUUUUCAUAUGAAUAUACUGGAUAUUGCUAAUACCUCAGGAGCUUUGGGAGAGAAAAUGUCUGAUGAAAAGCUGGUGAGAAAAAUUCUUAGAUCCCUACCUAAGAGAUUUGAUAUGAAAGUUACAGCUAUAGAAGAGGCACAGGACAUCAGCAAAAUGAAGGUAGAAGAGUUAAUUGGAUCUCUUCAAACCUUUGAGAUGGGAAUCAGUGAAAAUUAUGAAAAGAAGAACAAAAGCAUAGCUUUUGUGUCCAACUCUCAAGAAGAAGUAGAGGAAAAUAGAGAAGAGAAUCUAUCUGAAUCUAUAGCUAUGCUUGGCAAACAAUUCAACAAAAUUAUGAGAAGAAUGGAUCAGAAGCCAAGACCUAAUGCCAAGAACAUCUCAUCUGACAUCAAUAGAUCUUAUGACUCUGGCAGAAGAGCUAAACCAGAAGAAAAGUACAAUCACAACAAAGGGAUUCAAUGUCAUGGAUGUGAAGGGUAUGGACAUAUUAGAGCUGAAUGCCCUACUUAUCUCAAGAAACAAAAGAAAGGAUUGUCAGUCUCCUGGUCUGAUGAAGAUUCUGAGAGUGAUUUUGAAGAAGAAUCAGCCAAACAUGUCACAGCCCUUACUGGAGUUUGCAAUUCUGAUGAAGAUUCUAGUGAAGAUGAGCUAUCCUUUGAAGAGCUGGCAACCUCCUACAGAAAGCUGUGUAUCAGAAGUGCUGAAGUGUGUCAACAAGGUGAAAAGCAGAAGAAAUACAUAGCUCAGUUGGAGGCUGAUAACAAAGGGCUUAGUGAAACUAUAUCUGAACUGAAUAGUGAAAUUAUCAUGUUACAAUCCAAACUUGAUCAGAUGUCAAAAUCUGUAAAAAUGUUGAACAGUGGCACGGAUAUGUUGGAGGAGAUUUUGCAGGUUGGAAAAAGUUCAGGAGAUAUGUCUGGUAUAGGAUUUGUUGGUGCAAAGAAACAUUCCCAAGAUAGUAGCAGAACUAAAUCUGAAGCUGAGAUGUUGAAACCGAUGUCAAAACAUGUGACUCAACAUCACGAGAAAAGUGAAAUGAAGAGAAAGUUUCAAAGAUGGAGAUGUCAUUACUGUGGAAGAUUUGGACACAUUAAGCCUUUUUGCUUCAGAUUAUAUGGAUACCCAGAUCAAGCUACUUACUACAAACCUAAGCAGAUCAUGCCCAUCCAGAAGCAACAAUGGAAACCUAAAAAUAUGGAUUUAAUAGCCCAUACAUCUCUUAGAGUUUCAAAAGAUGCAUGCAAGAAAAUCAACUGGGGGAUCUGUUCUGAAACCUUUUCUGUUCAAGGUAGAGAGGGUUCUGCUUAUGUUCACAAUGCGAUCGCAGGUAUUGUCACAAGAAUCUUGAAUGAAGGGCACAAGGUUGAUGGGAUAUCUGUUCCUCUAGCCCAGAUGUCUGCCUCUGAGAACAGCAAAGAUGAUCAAGAUGGUCAAGAUGAUGCUAGCAAAGAUCAGGGUGAUGUUGAGACAUCGGUUGAUAACACUGAUGAGAAGAACCCAGGUGCCAAAGAAGUUGAGACAUCUGAAGCUAUUAAUGUUGAAACAUCUGGUACUAAAGAUGCUGAAGUUCUUGAGCCUGAGAAAGCUGAAGAGGUUCCUGUUGCUGCUUCUAAAGAAACCCCUAAUGAAGGUCCUACUGUGCAUGAUGUUGUGAAUCUGGAUGAUCUGGAUGAUUCUAUUGACAUUGUUGAUGAUGAACUCAUCUCUAGCAUCUCUCAUAGAGUCAAGACUCGUAAGGGAAAACAGGCUUGUGAUCAAGAUUUCUCCAAACCUCAGGUUACUCCUCAAAAGAAGGUCACUAUAAAGAAGGACAAGAAGGUCCUUGCUGAACCUUCAACCACAGGGAGCAAGGCUACUGUGAAGAAGAGGAAGGAAAGAAGUGUUUCUGUCCCAGAAGAUGAUGUCUUAAGUGAUGUCCCUGACAUCCCAUCCAAGAAGAAGAUUGUUGUCACAAAGUCCUCCACAAAGGAAUUUAUUGUGAAUUUGUCUCAAGAUUGUGGUGAUGGAACAACUGAUGAUUUUCAUAAGGUGUAUGUUAGAAGAAAGUGUAUAGAUUUUUCCCCUGCUGUUAUCAACCUAUAUCUAGGUAGAGAUGCUAAGGCUCAACCUGAGCUUGAAGUGACUGAUAAUGAGGUUUGCAAGGUAAUCACUGGUGGUAAGGUUAAGAAGUGGCCCAUAAAGAGCAAACUGUCUGCUAGUUCUCUUAAUGUCAGGUAUGCAUUGCUGCACAAAAUUGGUGCUGCUAACUGGGUGCCUACCAAUCACACUUCCACCGUUGCUGUUGGCCUAGGAAGAUUCAUAUAUGCUGUGGGAACCAAGACAAAAUUUGACUAUGGGACCUACAUAUUUGAUCAAACUAUGAGGCAUGUUGGUACCUCUGCUACCAAGCUUCCCAUUGCUUUCCCAUCUCUGAUAUGUGGAAUAAUCCUCAAGCAACACCCUGGAAUUCUGAAAAGUAAAGAUUCUGUAUGUAAGAGGGAGAGUGCUUUGUCUUUUCACUACAAGCUGCUGCAGAGGUCUGAUGACAAGACAUCUGCUGGGACAUCACAACCCAGCAAAUCUGUGAACAAAGCUCUUCUUAUUGCUGAGCUAAAAGAGACUUGUCAAGAGUUGGACAACAGGAAGCUGAAACUUGAAAAUCUCAUCCACAGUCUUGAGCAGUCUACAGAUGAUGAUCUUGCUGGUGAAAAGGGUGGUGACAAUAUGGAUGAAGACAAAGAGGCUGAGGAAGAAGCUGAGGGUGCUGAGAGUGGGAGUAGUGAUGCUGCUGAAUGGACUAGUAGCUCAUGUGAUGACAAUCCUGGUGGCUCUAGUGAUGAAGACAGUGAUGGGUCUGAUGAUUAG